AUGCAACCCUUGGACAACCAGCGACCAGUCAGCUACCAGCAGCAACCACCACCGCAGCAGCAGCAGCAGUACGAUGGGCUUUCAGAAGCGCAAUUUCUGGAUCAGGUACAGGGCUUGCGCGACGAAAUAAAAGCCCUUAAUCAAUCCCUCGAUGAGCUCAAUAAGCGUCACAAGCGAAGUUUGGCCGACAGAGACGUCAAGGAGCAGUUCGGCGACUAUCACGCUGAAUUGCAACAUCAGCGAGCUAUGAUCCAGGAUGGGGUCAGGCGCCUUGGGAACGACCUCGCCAGUACCAGUCCCUCCGACAAGGCUCGCCAGACCAAGAAGCGCCAUCUACAGUCGUUAAAGACUACGCUACAAAAGGUCGUGGAGAAAUCUAUCAAGGUGGAACAGGACAUCCGGAAUGGCGAGGAAGCGGAGAGAAUACGCCAGUUGGGGCUUGUCCACCAGGAUUGGGACUACUCAAGGCUUCAGGAAGAAGCUCGCCGUGACUGGGGCAAUGAAGGCGUCUUCCAGGAUGCUCUCAUGAACAACCGUACUGAACAAGCCACUGAAGUACUCGGCAAUGUUCGCGCUCGCCAUAUGGACUUGCAGCGUGUGGAGAAGGAUGUUUCCGAAAUUGCCCUCCUGUACCAGGAACUUGCCACCCUGGUUGAGCAACAAGACGAAACUAUCGUAGCCACGGAGCAAAACGCCGAAUAUACUGUCGACAACAUGGAGGCCGGUAAUCAGCAAGUCAAGGUAGCAACAGACCAUGCUCGUCGUGCCCGUAAGCUCAAGUGGUGGUGCCUCCUCCUCUGCGUCAUCAUCAUCAUUGUUGUCGCUCUUGGUGUUGCGCUGGGUAUCUGCCUCAACGGCAACAGGUGUGGCGGCGGCAAGUAG